AUUAAAAUUUUCAGUAUAAAUUACAAAUAAAACAAUAGUCAAUACCAAUAGAAAUUUAAAUAAAUAUGAAUGAUGGAUCAAAAGAACGUGGCAUUGAUAAAAUUUUCGAUUGUGUCAUGUGGGCAGUUGAUCAGAGCAUAAAACAUGUCAACAACGUUUGUCCAUCACGUGAAAAAUGGACAUGGGAUAGACUUGUUUCAUCAGGAUCUAAAAACGAUAAUAAUAAUAAUAAUAACAACAGCAAUAAAACAAACAAUAACAAUAAUUAUUAUAAUAAAAAUUCAAAUGAAAAAAAGCAAGACAUAAAAAAGUUUAAUCAAAAAAAUAUUGAUGAUGAAACAAUUGAUCUAUCAGUUGCUGCCAAUGUCAAUUGCUGUCAUAUUAAAAUUCAAGAUCCUUGUGCUGCUUGUUGUUGCGAAUCAAACUCUCAUCUACCAUCAACUUGUCCAGAUGGACCAAGACGUUUAAAAAAAUAUCCAAAAUGUGGAUGUAAAUCAAAUAAUUCAAGUAACAUUGAAGCAUGCUGUGAAGCUUGUAAAAGUCAUCUUCAUUCUGUUUAAACAAAAUUUUAAUUAAUUAAUUAAUUAAAAGUAAAUCUAAAAGAAAAAAAAUGAAAAUAACAUGAUUUAUUAUUGUGUCGUAACAAUUUAGCCUUGGCCAUGGC